UCACGGGCUAAAACUAUAAAUAAAAAUAUAACAGGAGCAUGAGAGUUUGGGCCUCCAAAAAUCUUGCAUGAUCAACUUUGUUCCCCUGAUUGUUAUCUUCAUUUCCCACAAAUAUGCUGAAAUGAACAGUAUUACAGAGUCUACAGCUACUAAUUACUUCCUUGUCAAGUUGUCAUCAAUAGCUAAUCAUUAGUAUUUCCGUUUUUCUAGAUUUCUUUUCUUGUUCCUCAGACGCCGCGAUUAUCUUAUCCACUAUUUUCUUCAUUAAUUCAGCUAAGAGAGAUCAGCUAAGAGAGAUCAACCUUUUUAAAGGAAGAGAUAUUGAGACCUUAGUUGUUUGGAGACUCUUUGGUGAUGGCAGACCUCAAAGAACGUCUGCUCCCACCAAAACCUGCUUCAGCUGUAAAUCUCAGGGACUCUUCGUACAGGCCAUCUGCUUCGGGCCGUCUCCCUUUCCAAGGAGUAGAUGUUUCGGGCCUUAAAAAACGAGGUCAGGGCCUUCGGUCAUGGAUACGUGUUGAUGUAUCUGGAAACUCCCAAGUGAUUGAAGUCGAUAAGUUCACCAUGAUGCGUCGUUGUGAUCUUCCAGCACGUGAUCUUAGAUUAUUAGACCCGUUAUUCGUUUACCCAUCGACUAUUCUCGGAAGAGAGAAGGCAAUUGUUGUAAAUCUUGAGCAGAUUCGUUGUAUAAUCACGGCGGACGAGGUUUUGUUGUUAAAUUCGCUCGAUAGCUAUGUGCUGCAGUAUGUGGUGGAAUUGCAGAGACGGUUACAGGUUGCGGGUGUUGGUGAGGUUUGGCAGCCCGAUGGCCUGGAUUCGAGCAGAAGAAGAGGAAGCUGGAAUGUUGAUAACAUGUAUGGAAACAACACGUCUCCAGAUUACUUGCCGUUUGAGUUCAGGGCUCUUGAGGUUGCUUUGGAGGCUGCCUGCACUUUUUUGGAUUCUCAGGCUGCAGAAUUAGAGAUCGAAGCAUACCCACUACUGGAUGAACUCACUUCAAAAAUCAGUACCCUGAAUUUGGAACGAGUCCGUAGGUUAAAAAGUAGACUCGUUGCAUUGACUCGGAGAGUUCAAAAGGUCAGGGACGAGAUAGAGCAGCUAAUGGAUGAUGAUGGAGACAUGGCGGAAAUGUAUCUUACAGAAAAGAAAAGGCGCAUGGAGUCGUCUUUCUAUGGCGAUCAAUCUCUAGUGGGCUAUCGCUCGAAUGAUUUGUCAGUUUCUGCACCUGUUUCCCCUGUCUCAUCUCCACCUGAAAACAGGAGGCUCGACAAAUGCCUGAGCAUAGCAAGAAGCAGACAUGAAAGUUUAAGGAGCUCGGAAAGUGCCACGGAUAGUAUAGAGGAGCUUGAGAUGUUAUUGGAGGCCUACUUUGUUGUGAUUGAUAGCACCCUCAAUAAACUGACUUCACUGAAGGAGUAUAUUGAUGAUACGGAAGACUUCAUCAACAUUCAGCUGGAUAACGUUCGAAACCAGCUUAUACAAUUUGAGCUGUUACUUACUACGGCAACUUUUGUUGUCGCAAUAUUUGGAGUGGUUGCUGGGAUAUUUGGCAUGAAUUUCCCAAUACAGAUGUUUGAAGACGCCAGCGCUUUCAAAUGGGUUCUAAUAAUCACGGGAGUUUGUGGGGCCAUCAUUUUUUCCACAUUUUUGUGGUUUUUCAAGUAUCGAAGACUGAUGCCAUUGUAGAAGCUCUGCGUUAAAAAAUUUAAACUGCAGGUUUUGAGUCCAUGACAGGAGCUUGUUAUUAUCGAUAGUCGAGACUUAUUUUGGAGCCUCGAAAUUUCAGAAUGGGUAGGAAAGAAAGAAGGUUAUUGUGCUUCCCAUUCAUUCUCAUCAUUCUUAUCAAUUGUAUGGAAAAAAUAAUAUGUGAUUCUUCCUUUUGUUCUCCUGUCUGUACCCCAACUGUUUUGGUGCCUAGAACCGAAUAUAUUUCAAAAUACGUGAGUUUGUAAUAUAAAUAAAUAAAUUUAUAUUAUUUAAUAUUUGUUUAUAUA